CACUGAGGAUAGAAGUGGUGUACGGAGCGGGGAGUUCAGUUUUUAAUAAGGCUGUCAUGCAUUCACCCAACUCGCGUGCCAACUCCACACGGCAUUCGGCAAGGAUGAUGCUGCUGGUUUGGUUGUGUGCAAUCGUGACUUCAGGUACCGCAGCCACGCCCGGCGGGCCUCAACCGCUGGACGUGGUGGAACUGGGCAGGACGACCGAGGACGGGGAGGAGAAAGUUUCGGCAGCCGUGGAGCCCGGGGAUGUGGUCUUGGGAGGACUGUUCAUGAUCCACCAGGCGGCUGAGGGAAACGGGUGCGGAGCCCUGGCCAGCCAGAUGGGGCUACAGGCCCUGGAGACCAUGCUAUACACGGUGGAUGUCAUCAACAACUCCACCUUCCUGCCUGGAUUUAAGCUGGGCGUACGGGCUUUGGAUGACUGCAACCAAGAGUCCAAGUCCUUGGAGCGGUCGCUGGAUUUCGUGCACCGGCCGGUGUGCGAGAACGACUCCGGCGUUGGGCAGGGACAGCACCAGGACAAGGGCUCAGACUCCGCCCACGUGGUGGGCGUGGUCGGAUCCGCCUCCAGUUUGAAUUCUAUCACGGUGGCCAAUUUGCUGAAACUGUUCAAGAUUCCACAGAUCAGCUACUGGUCCACCAGUCCAGACCUGAGUGACAGCCGGCGGUUCCCUUACUUCUUCCGGGCUGUGCCGUCCGACCAGUACCAGGCCCAGGCCAUGAUCGACAUCGUGCUGCACUUCAACUGGACCUACAUCUCCAUUGUCUACGAGAACUCCAACUACGGCGUGCAAGGGAUCGAGGAAGUCAAGAAGCUGGCCGGGGCUAAUGACGUGUGCGUGGCGGUCAAGGAGAUGAUCCCCAGGGAUGGGAACGAGUCUGUGUACGAUCGCAUUGUGGGGAAUCUGCUCAAGGCGACCGAUGCACGAGCUGUGAUUCUGUGGGCUCUAGACGAGUCGGCUGAUAAGUUUUUCAAGGCCCUCGGGCGCGCCAACGCUGUGCACAAAUUCAUCUGGAUCGGCAGCGACUCAUGGAGCGGGAGACAGCUAUCCACUUUUGGCAAUGAGGAUCUUGUAGAGGGCGCUAUUACCAUUCAGCCAAUGUCAGCUCCAAUACCAGCUUUUGAUGACUACUUCACCAGCCUGAACCCACUGACCUACGACCGUGACCCGUGGUUCAGGGAAUUCUGGGAGCAGCACUUUAACUGCAGUCUUCCGUACAACAACACGGCGGCCGGCGUGCGUGGACCCUCUGACCGGCCUAGAUGCCCGGGAAACCUGAAGCUCGGGACUGCAAACAACUAUUCACAAGAGGGUCAGAUACAAUUUGUGGCCGAUUCUGUCUGGGCUUUUGCACACGCCCUCAGAGACAUGCACAGGGCUUACUGCUCUGGGGACGGUCUCUGCAAUCGAAUGCGACCAGUCAAGGGUCAGGAGCUGAGGGAGUUCCUCCGGAACGUCUCAUUUCAAGGUGUAUCAGGCAACGCAUUUCAGUUUACCCCCAAUGGCAAUGGACCAGUAGUGCACUAUAAGAUCCUCAAUUAUCAGCAAGUGUCUCCAAACAAAUACAAGUUCGUGCCCGUCGGCUACUACAAGGAAGGCCUUCAGCUCAAUACCAGUGCCGUGCGGUACCGUCUCAUGGACGAUAAGUUUCCUAAGUCCUCUUGCUGGCGCCCGUGCAGCCACAACGAGAUGAAGUUCAAGCGUGACGGGGAAUGCUGCUGGAGCUGCCUGCCAUGCGAACAGUACGAGUUCCUGCAGGAUGAGUUCACCUGCACAGAGUGCCCCAACGGCACCAAGCCCACUGAUAACCUCACGGAGUGCACCAACAUCCAAGAGCGGUACUUGCAGCCCAACACGUCGAGCGCCAUAUCGGCACUUGUGUUUGCAACCAUCGGUGAGUUUGCCACCAUUUUCACGGCUUGUAUCUACAUCCGACAUCGGGAUACGCCCGUGGUGAAGGCCUCAGGACGCGAACUUAGUGGGCUUCUCCUUGUGGGCGUGUUCCUGUGCUACGCACUGACGUAUCUCUUUCUGGCCCCGCCCACUAUCUUGACGUGCGGACUGCAGCAGUUCCUGAUGGGGAUUGCAUUCACUUUAUGCUAUGCGUCCUUACUGGUCAAGACAAACAGGGUGUACAGGAUCUUUACCUAUGGGAAGUCGACAACCAAGAGACCAAAUUUCAUCAGCCCGUUGUCUCAGAUUGUCAUCACUCUGAUACUCGUCUUAGUCCAGGGGUUCCUCUCAGUCACCUGGCUGGCUGCCGUGCCUCCGGAUGCGGUCAGACAUUAUCCAGACAGGGGACAGGUGCAGAUCGUCUGCAAUGCUUUCAUAACAUCAACAUCACUCCUCGGACUAGCGUUUCCCCUCGUCUUGCUUAUCCUAUGCACCGGAUUUGCUUUCAUGACUCGCAAGAUUCCCGGACACUUCAACGAGGCGAAGUGUAUCGGCUUCACCAUGUACUCGUCUUGUAUUGUCUGGCUGGCGAUGAUUCCGAUUUAUAUCCUAACCAUCUCAAACAUCGAACUCCGGAUCGUGUCCAUGUACAUAGCCAUCAGCCUCUGCGCCACAGUGUGUCUUGCCUGCCUCUUUUUACCACGGAUCUACCUGAUCCUGAUACGACCAGAGCGGAACGUCCGAAUAACCAUCAGCAGCGGGCCACGUAAAAUGAAACUAACCGGGGCAGUGUAUCCGAACUCUUCAAGUAACAUCAGCAAUCACAGCCCAUACUCGAACAUACAUGACCAGGGACGAAAUAACACCCUGUGACAAGGCUGAGAACUGGGUCAUCUUCUGUGCCAGUGGAGUAUGUUCACCGAAUGUGUUAGAAAUCCUGUAAGAACAAGGUCACUUAAAGCUGCUCUCAGGACAAGCUUAUCCCUAACCUACCCAGACCCUUCACAAUCCAGCAGGUGGUUUUAAAGGAUUUCACAGGAUUUACAAAAGGUAGAGCCCAGUCACUAUGGACUCCGCAAACAAAUACCCAAAUACCGAUCCCGU